ACGAAACGAUAUCCCUGUCCGCCACUCUCUGCGCGCCUUUACCUCUCCAGACUCCCAACACCGCUGCCGUCUCAGUCUGGCUCCAGAACAUCCCAGACCACCCCGGACAGGGUUAUCUGGUGUCCACCCAGGUGCAGCGGGAACAUUUUCGACCUCUUUGAUUUAAUGGGUCCAAUCAUUGGGAUGUCACCAGAUAAGAAAACGGAAAUUCCGGGUAUGCAAGAGGAGCGGACGGGGCUCAGAGGUGUUUGUGGUGUGGGAACACUGCCCGAGGCGGAGUGUGCGUCCAGUCCGCUGGCGACCAGCGUGGAUCGUACUGGAGGCACAGAGGAUGAGGAGCUCACCAACCUCAACUGGCUGCACGAGAACCUGUUGCAGAAAUUCACUCUGGGAGGUCCGGAAGCUCAACCCAGCGGCAGUCCCCUCUUUGACAUAGAGGGAGACUACGGGUCCAAUCAGGGCCCGUCGUCCUCCUCCUCAUCUUCGUCACACGGCAGAGGCAGGGAGCGGGACUCGUUGAAGUCGAAGCCCCCUUUCUCGUUUUCUCUCCUCAUCUACAUGGCCAUCGAGCAGUCUCCAAGCAAAUCUUUGCCCGUUAAAGAAAUCUAUGGCUGGAUUCUCGAGCACUUUCCUUAUUUCUCCAAUGCUCCCACUGGCUGGAAGAACUCAGUUCGUCACAACUUGUCCCUGAACAAAUGCUUCCGCAAGGUCGAAAGGAGUUUGGGAAAGGCCAAUGGAAAAGGUUCUCUCUGGUGUGUUGACCCAGAGUACCGCCCCAACCUGAUCCAAGCCCUUAAGAAGCAGCACUUCCCUGCCGCACAUGCCUUCAACACACCACCCGCCUCCCCACCCAGUGCCUCCUCACCUCCCCGCCAUCUCUUUCUACAAGGCUGCUCAUUUAAAGAGUCUGACAUUGAUGCUGCCACUGCCAUGAUGCUCUUAAACUCUGCCCCCGGGCACCACGUUGACCCAUGCAAUUCUGACAGCCCACUAGACCUCUCCCGACCCGACUCUGUCCUGGUGAGCAGCGAUCCAAAGCAGGACCACAACUACAGCAGCAGUCCUGCCGCGCCGGCAGCGAGGGCUUCCACAGCGACGAGGACUCCGACCUUUGGGACGAGGGGCGUCCACCAGACUUCACGUCGUCCGCCCGCCAUCAAGUGGCCCGUCGGUAAGAGGCCACGACGCGAGGUCAAGCCCGAGCUGGAUGAUGAAUUGAAGGAAGCUGCUGGCUCCUUGUUGCACCUCGCUGGUAUACGCAGCUGCAUGGAGGGCUCCAAACGCACUGUCAAGAGCACAAAACUUAACAGGAAAUAAAGAUUUUUUUUUUUUUUGACCCCAUCAGACUCCGGACCCUGUGAACCCUAACCUCUGACCCCUGAUCGUGUUGUCCCAGUGUGCCUCCUUCUCCUUAUCUGAUCGUUCAUUGGCCAUUUCGAGCCUUUUUUUUUGUUUGGGAAUAUCCCUGUCCAACAAAACAAAUGGCAAUAGUAUCGUUCACACAGGAGAACAAAGCCAUAUAGAGACUUUUGUAACUUCGGGGGUGACUGCUGGGGAUGGGUGUUUGGGCUUAUGGAGAACCAUCAAGAAACCUAUCCAAAAUGACCUGCCUGCUUCUGUUGGAUUAGAAGAUUGUGAUUCAAGAAUUUUCCUCUGAAAGACAAAAUGGGGAAAAAAGCUGAAGGUUUUAUAACUCAAAGCGUUGCAUGCUUCCUCCUCAAACCUGUAUCCUCUUCCAAGUGAAUCUAUUUAUGAAGCGAAUGAGUGCAUGUUUGUAACAGACAAAAUCUAACCUCCUGGUGUUAUCAGUUUCUCCUUUUUGUGCUAAAGAAAAGAAAAAAAAGCCACUGUUUUGAAAGGAAUUCUUGCUCUACGAAAUCCUCUUGUAAGAGAGAUGCAAUAAUUAAUCCACAACCUUAACUUUUUGACAUUAUUUCGAGGUGGCGUUUUUCAGAGUCGAGUACGCUAGUUAAACUUUACAAUUAAGAGAAUGAAUGGAGUAGUACUAUGAUCUUGUUACGCGAUAAACUUUAUUACACACGAGCACUGGCUCUAUUUCAGGAUUAGCAAGACGUGGAAAUAGUAUUACUCUGCCACUGCCAAAUUUAGUUGCAAAGUUAGCUAUACUACUUCGCUCAGUUUUGUGCGGCCAUUAACGUGCUGUGCAAUCUUUAAAAAAAAAAUUUCGUUAAUUUUUUUUCUCCUGCAAAUCCACUGCCCAUCCUGUCGACCCCUUUCAUUCAUCAGUGUGUUUUUGACAUUUACUGUGCAGACACAGAACAUAUAUCCACAUGUUUCGGUGACAGCCUAUGCAAAGUGAACAUCUGUCACGCACUGCCAGAUGUCCACUGCGUGUUCAUAGGUUAUCCUCCAUAGAUUUUAUUUUUUAUUUGUGUGUGUGUGUGCGCGUGUGUGUAUCAUAGUGCAUGUUAACUUCAGCCUGAACCUGAGAUGACAGUCUUGAUGGGAAAGAGUUUGAAAUGAUCAAACACUUUUCUUCUACUGAAAAAGUAGUCAUACUGCUCCAAAUGAAUGUGACUGGUGUAAUGACAGAUCCCCUUGCUACAGUUGUAUCGUAGGGCUGCCUGGUACUCUGCUUUCUUCUGGUCUUUUUUUUUUUUGAAUGCAGAGCUGGUUUAUAGUCAGAAACAGGAGUGGGCAGUAAAUUACAACAGCUUCUUGCUCCAUUGUUUGAGUUUGCAGUUUGAUUAUACCUCGAGGUGUUCUCCUUGUGUUUUGAACCUUGUACUUUAGAAAAUUACACAGCUAAUUCUCUGUCGGCUGAUCCUGUGGCCAAGUUAAUUCACGACUUAAGGGAAAGUUUGUCUGUUUUGGUUCAAAUCUAGAAAGGUGCGCAGCGUAUUCAAGUGUGUAAAACCCCUUGGCCAAAGAGAACUGGACUCGCAGCUCACAGGCGAGAUACUGAAGACCUGUGCUGCUCUCAUAUUGUGCCCACAGCUCUGACUGGCCACUAAUGUUGUGUCCUUGCUCUUCCUCCUAGAACAAAAUAAGGAAGUGCACGCUCUCUUCUCACGCUGUGAAAUGGAGUGUUUAUUGUCAGUUGAUUGCAUGCAGUUCACUGAGGGGAAGUUGCGAGCCACUUGUGUAAAAGGCCACAAUUCUCAUUUGAGCUUUUUUAAAAAGGCUCUACACUCGCAAUGUACAAUACAAAGUAGCAUGGAAGCGCACAAGGCUAACAAACUGAAAAUUAUACCCACAGUACUGGAUCACAUCGUGUCACAGUGACUGUUAGUAUAACAUGCAUGGUCAGUGCCAAACGUUUUCUUGUGCCACUGAUGUAAAACUGCAAAGGGCCAUGGUCACUAUAUUCCCCCACUGCCACAGCGUAGUUGUGAUUUAGAGCAAACAAUGCCCUACUUUUCUGAAUCAUCUGAACAGGAAAUGGGAGAGGACUCUAGUCGGUGCAGUGACUUAACCAAUCCUUUGGUUUAUUUUUGUCGCUUUAGAAUGGGAACUGUUUUCAGCAGAGUAAGCUGCGGUUCUCAGAAGUAAUAAUUGCAUACACUGGUCUUGUUUAGCUGUGAAAAAAAAGAACAAAUAAUUGUUCAUUAAUCAUCACCUUAUUUAUGACAUUAAUUUAUGGGAUUAUUAGAGAAUUAUUGAAUGCUAUCAGACACUGGUCGUUUGAUACAAAUGACUAGGCACAUUUAUUUUCUCCCUCUGUGAACUCCUCUUAAUAAGUAUUUUGUUUGUCUCCUCGUUUUAUUUUACAGCAAUACAACUUUUUUUCUUUCACUAUGUUAUAGUGAUUAAGUAUUUUGCCAAUGUCUGUUGUCUUUAGAGCGGGUGUUUUUUUGUUUUUUUUUAAUUUAAUCAUGACUGCCAGGUUUUCUUGAUGUUUUGUUUUGCUUUGUAUUAGACUGGAUAGAAGACAGUUAAUUAACAUUGAUCCUGAAACCUUUUUGUUGCCAAAAUUGAUGUACAGCUGGGGUGUAAAAUGUAAAGAUGGACACAUUUCCCAUGUACUGUAGGAGUUCUUCGAAGAUGAUCGAAUCAUUUUUUACAUUCGUCUCAUGUUUAUGUUUAGAUAUUAUGACUAAGUAGUCACAAAUUGAAGAUUAGCUCUCUGUCUCAUCACAGAUUAGAAACUUAAAAAAAAAACAAAAAAAACAACAACACACAAUUACUGCCACUCAUAACUCAUGCUUCCAGGUAUUGUUAUUGAUAUUGAAAUGUUUUGAAUAUCUCCGGAAAAUCGGAUCAGUCCCCUCCAGGCUGCUGCUGUGUACAUUUACAGAUAAAUGCAGAAAAAUUAUAGAGAUGCUCACUCAUACUUCCUGUAGCACUUGCAAAACAAAAUGUUACAUUGGUCUCAAAGUGACACUGAGUCAGUGAGUUGAUCUGAGGAUGAGCUACCUAAAUGUUUUGGGGUCCGGCUUUACCAAACUCCAAAAUCAGUUGCUCCAUUGCUCAACAGCUGUUAAUAAAUAUUAAUUAUGUGAUUCUCAAAAAUUCUGUUGCAGUUUCUAUGGGUAUGAUGAACAUUUUGUUGCAUUUGACAAAGCUGCCAACCCAGUAUCAGUUUGUGUCAGUUGUCUGCCAUGUCUCUUGGACCGACACACCUUUUGGUUUUUGUAUGCUAACCUCUGUUGAUAAAAUGUUUAUAAGAUUUAUUUUCGCCAAAGAUAUGCAAUUGCAUUAUAUAUGGUAUUACAAAAAUAUUAAUAAAAACCUGUUCUUGUUA